CUUUCACUCUCCUUUUAUGCUCUCCCAUCUCUUGGGAUGACAGGUUGGAUAGCACCCUGCAGAGGAUUAGGCAGGAUCCGGUUGGUUGGGAUGGAAACUACAGCAGGCUGAGGGAAGAGAAAUUCAUUAAGUACUAAACUGGACUCAGACUAUCGAAUGUACAAGUUGGAAUAAUACAGUCACACCACUUGGCUGAGUAGGAGAUAGGAACAGUGGCUUAUUGUUACCUGCUACUAGAGGUAGAUGUUUUGAGAUGUCAGUUGUACGGUCUCAGCCUUCCCCUUAUGGAUAUCUCCAGAGAGAGAGACACAUUGAGCCUCGUACUAGGGUUCCUAAAGACAGAACAAUGUGCAGAUGUAUGGAACUUUUACAAAGGCAGCCUUCUCUUCAACAAGAUGAUGACCUAAGAAGUUCAGACAAAAUAAAAGAGAAGAUUACAGAAGAAGAAGAAUCACCAAAAAUAUCCUCUGCUGCUAACAGUGUAAAAACUUCAAGAAAAGCGGGCAGCCAGAUAACAUGCACACCUUCUCUGUUGGCUACGUCUUCUCAGGUCAGAUCCACCAACACAGAUCCGAGGGUACAGAGAGCUCUAACAGCUGUGGAAGAAUUAGAUGAAUCCAGUUUUCCAGAGCUACAGAUUUUCGUAGGUGCUCAGCAAUUCUGCAUAACUUCCAAAGCCAAACCACAAGGAUUAAGUUGUCAAUCAAAGAAAUUAUACAUUGUUUCCAGUCGCACAGCCAAGCAAUUACUUGUGGCUGUUGAAGAGUCCAGCUGCCUGUGCCUGCAGCUGUGUGGUCCUGCUCGUUCCUGCUGCCUGCGCCUCUGUGACCAGAGAAGAGAGGAAGUGCUGAGGUUCUGCAGACCGUACAGGGUGGAUGUGUGCUGCUUGUUCUGCUGUCUUAUGGCCAUCAGAGUGUUCUCAUCAGCUAACAAUCUCUUAGGCUUUGUACAGCAGAGGUGGAGCUUGUUUAGCCCAAGCCUCUCAGUGUAUAAUUCAGAAGGAAGGAGAAUGAUGGAUAUCCAGGGCUCCUGGAGCGCAGCUCGCUGUCAUUCUGACCAGGAGUUUCAGGUCACAUCGCUGGAUGGGGAACUUGUUGCUAUCAUUUGGAAGAGGUGGCCAGGAUUUAAUGAGGAUUAUAAUAUGGAUCAUGACUUCUUUGGCCUGGAUAUUUCGGCAGCACUCAGUCCCAGUGACAAGGCCCUUCUCUUGGCGGCAACAUUUUUGUUGAAUUACAUGUUCUUUGAGAUGAGCUGAAAAGGACAUGGAGGAAGGGGAAGAACUCAGAAGAGCCACAUGAAAAGAGAAACGUCACUGUUGUAAUUAAUGUAAAGGAAAAUGAAACAGUAGUAACAAUACCUGUGCGCAGGUCUGCAUAGGCAAGAACAUAGUGUCAUUAGAUAAGACACUAAGGGGUACAUUUACUAAAGAUUGUUUCAAAUUGAUGUAUAUCUAUUUCAACCAAUCAAUGAAAUUGAUGUUGUAUUCCAGGGGCUGUAACACACAUUUACUAACAUUUAAAAA